AUGGCGACAAAUGCAGACAAGUUGAAGAAACAUCUCCCAGUCAAUUCUGAUGACCAUCAUGCAGCCAAUUUGACCAUGGUGGUUUCCAUGCACCACACCCACAACCAUGGAAUCAACACUGCCGAUGCAUUACGCCAUCGAGAUGUCUCAGAUGGUGUGCGCACCAAGUUUUUGGACCUAUACAAGCAUGGCCAUACUCCAGCAUCAGCAUUGCAGGUUCACAAGAUGGAUCUGCAAUUAGAACUUGAUGAGAAUUACUUUCAAGCUGCUGCUGACAGAAGGCAAUGCCCUGAUAGUCAAUGGUGUUAUCGACUCUACUAUGAUGUCUUCAAGAAGGAAUAUGGCCUGACUAGUGGCAUUGAUAUGAUCCAAACUCUGCAUGACUGGAUUGAACAAUUCAAUACCUCAUGUGGUGACCGUUGUGCUGACAUGAAAGUCACUCAUGAUGGCCAGAUGCUGGUGACCCUUUGCUCUCCACUCAUGAGACGUGCUCACCAAUUUCUACCUCAAAGUCAAGAGCUUGUCUUCAUUGACUCAUCUGGCGGGGUUGACAGGAGUGGCUGUCGCAUCUUCCUCAUACUAACACACAGUCCUGCUGGAGGUGUUCCCCUAGGUGCUCUAAUCACAACAAGUGAGAGUGAAAAGGUCAUCUCAGAAGCACUUGUCCUGUGGAAGGGCAUUCUUCCAAAAGAAGCAUUUCAUGGAAAAGGAUAUCCACAGAGGUGUGAACUUUGGGCUCUUGCCUUCCGUGCUGACCUACCACUCAGGGGCUGUCAUACAAACAACUAUUGUGAGGCUGCAAUGCGUGUGCUGAAGGAUAAAGUGAUGUUUCGUAUGAAAGCAUAUAACCCUGUGCAGCUUUUUGACUUCCUCAUCACCAGGUUGGAAAAGCAUUACCAACAACGUUUGAUUCAUAUUGCUAGUAACCGUUUAGAGCAUGCAUUGAAGAUGCGCUACCUGUCUGGUUGUGAAAAUGCUGAGGAAUUGGAGGUUGGAUGUGAGACAAGUGAAGGUGCCCCCUGCAAACAUCAGUAUGCAGUCCUGAAGGCCCACAACCUUGCCAGUAUGAACUUCAUACAAGUGCAUUCUGAGCCAAUAAGACAAGUUCUUUAUGAAGUGGCAACUGGAGCCAGGGUACCCCAAGGGUGGCUUACUCCACUCCAUGGAAGUGAUCAAAGCAUCCUGUCACUGUCGAGUGCUGAGUCCUGUGAUUCUGCGCAUAAUGAUGUGCAAGACUCACAAAUUAUGAGUGGAUGUUCUGUCAGUUCUUUGGACUGUGAUAGAAUGUCAGAACUGUGUGACGAGGAGGAGAAACGCUUGGGCUGCAUUUUGGAUGAAUGGAAAGGAAUGUUGCAAAGAGAUCCUGCAACAUUUAAGCCAGCUAUGCAAGCAUUCAUCAAGUCAUAUGAGAGGAUCACCACAGAUUCAGCUAUGGUGUCUGCACUCCAUUGCUUCGGAAAAAACUCUGUGGUAGUGCAUGCUUUGAGAGUGUCAAGGAAGCAAUCUGGUGUCAUAGGGGUGCAACCAACAGCAGUUGCUCGUAGGAAAGUUCCAUCUCUUGGUGGUCGAAAAGCCCACCCUGGUGGAAGACCAACAAAGAUUGCCGCCUGUGCACCACCUCCCAAGAAACGAGCUGCACCACACAACUUGGCUCUUUGUGUUGCUUCCAGAGAAGAUUUGGAUACCCAUUUCGAUGCGUAG